AUGCAUACAUCAACACAAGAGGUGGUCUCUUUUUACGAUGACAAAGUUGCCAAUUAUGCUGAACAACCAAUCAAGCCAGUCACCCUCAAACAAUUACUUCAAUUUGGAAAACCUCCUCUUAGUACUCAUGCACUUCUUGAUUCGGCAAGGUAUACUAAAUCCGAACUUCCUGUUCGUCUUGCUCGUCGUGUCAAAGCUUUGCAAAAGCUACCUUUUAUCGCGGGGAUUAAUCCAUAUAUCAAAAAAAUCUACCGUUUAUAUUUUGAUACAUUUGAAUCUAUUUGCAAUUUUCCCGAGAUUACCGAAGAGAAGGCAGAUGAAAAUUUUGCAGACUUAUUGUCCAAAAUGGUUGCGUCCCAUACCGAUAAUAUUCCUACAUUAGCAAAAGGCUUUCAAGAAUGCAAAAAAUACAUGUCGUCACAAGAUAUAACGAAUUUUCUUGAUGACAUGAUCAGAGCACGUAUUGCUAUACGUCUAAUCGCGGAACAGCAUAUAGCUCUGCACAAUGCGCAUGAUCCCAACUACAUUGGAAUCAUAAAUACCCGUCUGAAUCCUGCAAAGCUGAUCAAUUCGUGUGCUAAUAUUGUGCGGGAACUUUGUGAUGCUCAUUAUGGUUCUUCCCCUGAAGUGAUAAUUAACGGUCAAACAGAAACAACGUGUACUUAUGUCAGCGUGCAUAUUGAGUAUAUUAUCACUGAAGUACUCAAGAAUUCAUACAGAGCGACUGUUGAGCACAGUUCAAAGAUCAAAAGGGAAAAUCAUCCACCUAUCGAGGUCACUAUAUCUCGAGGUGUCAAUAACAUUGGAAUUAGAGUUAGAGACCAAGGAGGUGGUGUGGCUCCAAAAGAUCUUCCGUCAAUAUUUGAUUAUUCCUUUACAACCGUGCCACAAGAUGAUUCGGAUACAGACAAUAUAUUAUCUGAUGUUUCUAGAAUGGCAAUGCAAACUGGUAUUGGUGGUCCUAUUGCUGGAUUGGGAUAUGGGCUCCCAUUGGCUCGUAUUUAUGCUCAAUAUUUUGGAGGGUCUUUGAACAUUAUGUCACUUUAUAGUCAUGGAUGUGAUUUGUUUUUGAGGCUUAAAGAUAUUGAUGAAUCAUUAGGGGAUUGGCAAAUUGAUUGA